GCUUGUGUGGAGAGCAGGGAGGCAGCGGGAUCUGGGAGCAAGAGAAGUCUCCACUGCACGUGACAAACGCACCUGAAACAGCAAGGCCUGCUCACCUGCCACAGACAGCAGUGUGCUCUCCUUGUCUUUAAGUGACCCACUGCCUGGUCCACUUCCAGGGGCUCCCGUUAGUGAAUUACUCACAUGUUAAAAUCCCAGCCUCUCCUCAACAGCACCUUUACUCACCGGACCUCACUGCGAGCCAACUUUUGGAGCUGCUCGGCUCUGAAGCUCUGACACGGGCCUUUUUCCACGUGAUUCCCCUGUCACAUUCAGGAGAGCUGGAGAAGAAACAACUCUGAUUUUAAUCACCUUAUUUUGCGAAUAAUCAGACAGUUGAUUUUUAUAAUACUGCCACCGCACUAUUUAAUUUGACAAUGGCCCAGCUGUAAACGUCUGAAUUUCUCUUUUUGUAUCCCUGACAUCUGCUCAAGUAGAGCCUAAAAACCUUCUCCUGGAUUUUGCUUUUGUUUCGUGCUCUUCUGAAAAGGCAAGGACAUUGUGAUUCCAGGACUCUGUUUUGUCUCGAAGGCAAGGAAAUAAGCAGAAGCCAAUUUGCUGACAAAACACAAGCCUGCGGAUGGCUGUGUCGCUCCCGCACACCUGCCCAGCUUGUCUCUCAGAGAGGCUGGCCCAAUGCAAGUCACCGAGGGAAGGUCACGCCAACAAGGAUGGGAUUGAUUUGGAAGCAAAAACCGGUCCUUCAGAAAGCCUGGUAUUUCUCAUUUCUUUGAAGAAGGAGGGCUGAGUAUGACUUCAGCAUGAAUUAUUUUAAUUGGUGGUUUUACAGACUUAUGCAUAGGCAUGAAGAAAGCUUCAGCUAUUGGGAUAGUCUCUUAUUUCUAAAGUCCUCUGACUUUAAACACUUGGGGAGAAAGAACAUAUGAAAUUGAUAUCUUCCAGGAACCACCAGUCACUACCAUUGUAUCUGCAUGAAUGAAUGACAAAAAAAAGUUUUACAAAAGCAAGUGAAAGGUUGGCAAAUCAUUUCCUAUGUCAUCUAGAAACCUGUAUAUCCAUCAAGAUUAUCUGGAGGAGGGGAAGACUUGCAGGCAGGUUCAGCUGCUCUCAGACCAGAGCUGAGGUUGGUGCUAUGCCUAGACUCCCCCCACAUUUCAUACAAAAAUCUGGGCAGCUUCUAGUGUUGUAAAAUCCAAUUAAAUUAUUUCAAAGAGUAAUUACAUGUAAACAGAGGCAGAAAUACUUUCCUGUCACAGUUUCCUUAGCCAGGUUAUACAGAAGUUCUGCAAAGCACAUAGCACAAAGGCACAAAAUGGGCAUAAGCCUGUAGCGAUGAGACUCUGAGAGUUUUUCCUCCCAUUCUGAUCAGAACAGGGUGGUUUAAAUCUCUUAAUGCUGUUAGGUGCUAGCACAUGGCUAAAGGAUUCAUUUUUAGUGCAUGUUUUCUGUACCAUCUAUAACUGUCAUAUAUCUGAUUCCAAGGAGAUAAUAAUUCAUUUGGUAUGAUUUUUUGUUUGUUUGUUUGUUUGUUGUUGUUGUUUUUAGUUUGUUCUUCCUUUUUCAUAAUCUUUCUAAUAUACCCUCCUUCCUAUCUUCCUAAGAUGAGAAGCUGCUGAUACUUUCAGGGGCCAUAGCAAUAUUAAUGUGGUUUGAUUUUUUUGCUGCAUGGUCUGUGCAAUUUGUUUUCACUGCAUGGAGCCACCAGAUGAUCCCUUGUGAGUCCAUUACAAUUCUCAGCCCUCCAAAUCUCUCCCACCCUACCAAGAAAUGUGAUGUCCCAGCAAUCUGUAUGCACCACAGCAUGUUCUUUAGGCUGGGCCGGGGAACUAAUGUAUUUCUGCUGAACUGGAGCUCUCCAAACCCCUCCUAAGAGUUGAUCUGGGCCAACAAUCCAUAGAUGCUCUCAAGACUAAAUAUUUCUGCUCUGGCUUUGCCAUCUGUAUUACCAGGAGUCAUGUCUCCUCAGAUGCACCAGUGCCUCUCCACGGAAAUCAAUGGCAUUGCUUCUAAAAAAAGCACAUCAUCCAUAAAGCCAGACGAUGCACAAAAAUCGCAGAGAUCCAGCAGUGCUGUCGGCUUAGCUGCUGCUGGCAUGCUAAGUUCAGAGCCCACUGCCUGGGUGACCGCACUUUGUGCUGUUAGGAAGAGCUGAAAACACAAGGGAUGUGGCUGUAUUUAAGUUCCUCCUCCCUUGCCCCUCUGUUGAUGGCUUCCCCAGCCCCGCUUCUCAGGCUCUCUGAAAGGAAACAGCUUUGACUGACUGGAAUUUCUGAGUCAUUUUAGGCAAAAAGCAGGAAAAUAGGUAGCACUGAGAAACCGUAUGUGUGUGCAGAUGCUAUGCUUGAAAGAGCUGAAGACUUCCUUAGUAAGGAAGGGGUUAAACAUACAUAUGUCAUCUAAAGCAGUGCUCCCUACCCGGUAAUGCAGUUCCAGGCUUUCCUUCAGGAGGGAAAGGAGGGUAGUCCCUAGAGAGCAAUAGGAAAGCACCCUUCCAACUUGCUCUAGGACAGCUCUACAUGCCCACAGAGAGGAGAGCCCAUGAUGAUAGGAGUCAUGCUGAAAAACAGAGGCAAGCACUCCUGCCGUGUGUGAGCUCUCUGGGGCAGGAGCUCUCACGCCCCUUUCUCUUUCUGCUCCCUUUUGGUGUCCAACACAGUGCACAGGGAGCCAACACCAAUGCGUGGACUUAUUUCUAGACACCUUCUCAAACAGCUAAGAGAAGAGCUAACAAAUUAUGUGGGGAAAAUACCAUGACAAGCAUUUAAAGUAGUUUUUAAAAUAACAGAAAUUUACAUAUUUAAAUUGUUUAUAAAUCUAUAAAUUAUACACUAUGUUAUAUUGUACAUCUAUUGUAUGACAGCUGAUGCUUUUGGAAGAUGCUUGGAGAGAACUGUUUGUUCUAGGAAUAGCACAAUGGGCCAUUCCAGUUGAUGCUAACACUCUACUGGCUGUAUCUGGCAUGAACGGUGACAAUACAGAUUCUCAGAAGCUGAAUAAAAUUAUUUCAGAAAUACAGGCUUUACAGGAGGUUGUGGCUAGAUUUAGACAACUCCGGCUAGAUGCUACUGAAUUUGCCUGUCUCAAAUGCAUUGUCACUUUUAAAGCUGUGCCGACACACAGUGGCUCUGAGCUGAGGAGCUUCCGAAACGCUGCUGCGAUAGCCGCCCUCCAAGACGAAGCCCAGCUCACCCUGAACAGCUACAUUCACACCAGGUACCCCACACAACCCUGUCGUUUUGGAAAACUUUUAUUGCUUUUACCAGCUUUACGUUCGAUUAGUCCAUCUACAAUAGAAGAAGUGUUUUUCAAAAAGACCAUUGGGAAUGUACCAAUUACAAGACUGCUUUCAGAUAUGUACAAAUCCAGUGACAUAUAAAUUACCUUACAGUAAACAAUCAGGACGGACAGUUUGAGAAGAACUUUUAUCUAUGGAGAAUAAGCCUCAACUAACAAAAUCUACAAGAAGCAUAAGCCUGGGAAUGUUUAGCCUGUAAACUCAUUGACAAAAAAUACCCCAGUAGAUAUGAUUCUGCUGCUCUGAACAGAGCAAUUUAGAUCAUGGAGAGAAAGCUUUGUUCUACAGAAAAAGUGAAAGUGGUUGGAAUUUGGCUGCUUUUCCCGUUAGUACAGGAUGGAGGCAAUUCAGAUGCCAGU